AUGAGACCUGAUUUAUUUAAGGCUACUAUAGUUGGAGUACCAUUUAUAGAUGUUGUGACUACAAUGCUUGGUCCAACUAUUCCUCUUACAACUGCAGAAUGGGAGGAAUGGGGUGAUCCUCGGAAAGAAGAUUUCUACUUUUACAUGAAAUCAUAUUCACCAGUUGAUAAUGUGAGUGCCAAUGUAUCUUGUUUUAGUUUAACUGACAUAAAUCCAUCUGACAGAUCAUCAAAUGAAAAGAUAUCAGCAGAAUCCUGUCCUACUUCUGAUCUGUUGGUCAAUAAUUCUUACAGUGGUCAAACUGAGGCUAUAGAAUCUAAGUGUGAUACUAGUGUGAAAUGCAAUCUUGGGAACCAUGAUUGUUUAAAUCCUAUGAAUGACAUCCUUGAUACCAUAUUAUUUGAUUUCAAAGGUGAUCAAGAGAAGUCAAGAAACAAGGGAGAAAAGAGAGAAGGCACAAGGAAGCCCAAGAUGUGCUUACAGCUGCAACUACUGCUGCUGCAGCUUCUUCCAGGCUUUCAUCUUUUAGGAAAGAUACACUUGAAGAAUCCACUCACCAUGAGGGUGUUGAAAGUUCGUGCACACAGUGAAUCUUGUAGAGCUAUUAGAUUUAUCAAUGAAGGACUUGUGAUCCUCACUGGUUCUCCAUAUUGUUCUAUUCUUGCAAUUGAUAUUGAAACAGGAUCUCCAGUUAGUUAUGGAUGGAUGUUCAUACAAUUAGGGGACAAAUACCUGCUUCAUAAACAAAGCACAAAAUGGAUCACAGUUAUGACAAUGGCGCCUCCAAGGCUGGAAAAGGGUGUUGGGGUGUUAGAUAAGCCAGUAAUAGAGAAAACAACUCCUGGAAGAGAGUCUGAGUUUGACUUGAGGAAAUCAAGGAAAAUGGCACCACCAUAUAGAGUGAUGCUACAGAAUGACAACUACAACAAGAGGGAAUAUGUUGUGCAAGUGUUGAUGAAGGGUGCAAAUAUCUCUGCAAUUACAUGUGAUUUAUCAGAAUUAUGUAAAGAUUGGUUAUCAAUUUUAAUGAUUGUUACUUCUGCACGAUCUUCAAUUAACAUAAGACAUUUGGAGAAAGCAACAGUGUCUACUGGAAAAGAAGGCUUGUUAUCUGAAGGGAAUGGUCUACUGGAAAUGAAGGCUUGUAACAUUUUUGGUUCUUUUUCCCAACUUUACUUGGAACAGGGGCCGAAAUUAACUAGAAUUGGUCGAGAUGCAGUUUUAUAUGUUGAGUCGCUCAUUGAGUCAAUCAUGGGAGGAUUUGAAGAGCUAAUCAACAUUCUUGGUUCUGAAGGAGCAUCUACCAGAAGUCAGCUGAAACUACAAAUGGCUUUUGAUGGGCAGGAAAGAUAUAUGAAGAGAUCUUGGGAGCCAAGUGAUAAAGCUGAUCUUCACUUUGUCUACAAAGAUGUUGAAGGAGUAUCAACUCAAUGGGAUGAUAUUCAAACAAAACUCAGGUACUUACCUCCUAAACCCUCUGCCUUCAAACCCGAUCCCUUCACUCCUGCAGAAGAUGAAGAUUCCAAACCUAAAACCAAAUCUCAGAUCGAUAAAAAGACAGAAGAACUCAAAGAUUUAGAAGAUGAUCUUGAUGAUAGUUGUUUCCUCAAAGAAUACAAAAAGAGGUUAGCAGAGAUGAAGCAAACAGUGGAAGUGUGA